UGCAAAAACCUCCACCUUGUCUCCUCUUCGUUUCCCCCUCAGGAUCACUAGUGAGCCAAUCACCAGCCUCAUCCUUCCCUGGUCUAGAUCCAUCCAGCCUCCACCUCCUCCCUUCGACCCGUCCUCGUGCCCACUUCCAGACCGAGCAGGAGGCUCGAUCCCGAGCGCAGCCACCUGCCCAAACGCCGAGAACCCCACGAUCCUACUGGCGCCUCCCCUGGAUCCUCUCAUCCAGCCAUCGCCCCGUGCCCCGUGCCCCACGCUCAUGCUCGUCUUCCACGCAUGGACGGGAGAGGAGCUCCCGAUCCUUGUGUCCAAGGCAUCCUCGUCGCCAUUGCUCGAGCCUCCUCCGGCAGCUGUCGCCGGCUACCACCCGCAGGACCCCAUCGUGCCCAUCACCUUCCUCCUCCUUGCUCGUUUCCUCCUACCCGCCUCUCAUCUCUCCCCUGUUUCUCUUGACAGGCGCCGAGCCACCAUGUCUGCCGCCAAGUUCUUGCCGGGAGCGACGCCGCCCGGAUCCGGCUGUCUUCGCGUCGUCCGCGCCCCUGCCUCGCCAUGGACGCGCCGCCCCAGCUUGUCGGAGUCCCAGCAGCCCCGCCUGCUCCCCUGCUUCACCAAGUUCAUCGCUGCUCGAGCUCUCGAGCUACUCCAGCGCCCCAUGGCCUCUGCCGCGCCGGAGCUUUGCUGCCGCAGGCGACAGCAACAACAAUUUCAUCGUCGCCUUCCUCCUCUCUUCCCGUGCGCGCGGCCACCCAACCCCGUCGCCCUCCGUCUACAUCGCACGCUCGUGCCGGACCCAAGGGGGCCCCGACGCCCUGCAGAUUCCCCACAGCCCUGCCUCGUCCAACCUCGCCGUCCCCGAGCUCUUUUUCGGCGGGAUCCACCCCAACGCCGUGGUUCCCCGGCGCCCCGGACCUCCUCUGCGUCGCCCGCCAAGUCCCGCUGCCGUCCCGCCGUUGACCUUCUGUGCCGCCACACCGUCUCUCUGUCGAGCGAGAUGGUCAAACGCUCGGGCUGCUCAAUGUCGUGUGCCAGGUGGGCCACGCACAGGCCCAGUGCGUCCCGAGCCCAACACUACCGAGCCGGCCCAAGUUCUGUGGUUAGUUCCGAUAACGUCGCGUUUGUGAUGUGCAAGGGAUAUCAAAUGGUUAAAUGA